AUGCCUACCAGUGGAGUCAGAUUGCACUUUGGAUCAACUCUUCAAGUCAAGCAUGAAAGUGGUUCCUAUACGUCAUCUAUCGUGAAUCUUUUGCCUCUAAAAGAGGGAGAUGUCAUCGGAUCAUUCGAACACACAAUGUCCAUUAGUGACGUGAAGCGGUAUUCCACGGUUCAAAUCGAUACCGACAAGCACAUUGAACUCAAUUCCGAAUUGGUGUAUAUAAACCACUCAUGUAACCCCAACGUCAAAUUUGACACUCAAGGCCUCAAAGUCGUUGCUCUCAAGGACAUGCCGGCUGGCACAGAAUUGGCCUUCUUUUACCCAUCUACUGAGUGGGAGAUGAUUCAACCUUUUGAAUGUGCCAAGCAUCUUGAGACUAAUGUCCUCAAGCAGUUCAUUCUAUCCGAACACAUCACGAGGAUGCUGGAGGAACGUGAUGCUGCCAAAUCUGACGCUUAA